AUGCAUGAGAUAGCCAUCAUGCACGGCGUAAGAAAAUCGACAGUUUGUCGAAGUAUUAAGAAAGUUGUCAACAUCAUCAUUGAUACAAUGUUUCAAGAGGAAGUUAGAUGGCCAGAAAAUACACAAGACAUUGCCAUGGAAUUUUUGCGCAAAGGUGGAUUCCCAUGUGUCUGUGGAUGUGUUGAUGGCACCUUAAUAAACAUCGAUAGCCCUUCUAAUCAUGAAGAAGUCUACGUUGAUCGCUAUGGCGAUCAUUCAUUAAAUGUCAUGAUGAUAUGCGGCCCAAAUAAUUAUUUUUAUGCAGUUAACGCAAAUUGGCCUGGAAGCGUCCACGAUUCCAGAGUCUUUCGAAACACCGCAAUUUAUAGAAGGUUUGAACAAGGAUGGAGGCUUUUUCCAGGAGCAGUCAUUUUGGGUGACUCAGCUUACGCAACACGACCGUGGUUGAUGACUCCUCUCCACAGCAACCCUGGUGCUGAAGAUGAAAGGCGGUACAACAACGCCCAUAAAUUGACACGGAAAAAAGUUGCAAAGUGA